AUGCCCAGCAUCGCUCGGUUCCGCACGCUAUGGGGCAUUGCUCCGGGCGACAACUUCGCCGAUUGGAAAGCUCUGUUUCCCGAUCUCAAGGCCAAGGGCUACACCGGAGUCGAAAUUGACUACAGAGACGUCCCCGCCGAGCAACUACCCGAACUGAGACGCAUACUUGAUCAGUUUGAUUUCCAGCUUGUCGCACAGCCACCCGGCCUGACGCCAAAAGACCACCUGGAUCACUAUCGCAAGCAACUAGAACGUGCCCAAGUUCUCAAGCCCGUGAAAGUCAACGCCCAGUCUGGAAGCGACAUCUGGACUCUCGACCAGUCCGUCGAGUUCUACCAAGGCACAUUCAAGAUCGACGAGGAACUGGGGUUCGCUGGACGGGUGACACACGAGACACACCGAAAUCGAUCCAUGUUCAACCCGUACGCGGCAAAGUACAUUUUGGAAAGAGUGCCAAACCUUCGCAUAACCGCCGACAUCUCCCACUGGGUCGUCGUGUCAGAGCGUCUGCUGGACGAGUCCGUAGAAGACCAAGCGAUUCUGGAAAAGAUCAUCCCGCAUAUCUACCACGUCCACGCCCGCAUCGGCACAACACAGGCCUCGCAGUGCGCCGACCCUUCAGAUCCAAUCUACAAGCCCGAAAGGGAGUUCUUUGAGCGAUUCUGGACAAAGGUCAUUCAACACAGCGCGACUCGCGGCGCCGAUUAUCAGAUUUCUUUUACGCCUGAAUACGGGUGA